AUGGCCGAGGAGAUCCAUGGUUACACGGACCGAAACGAACGAGCGAACUUCUUCGUAGCGACCAAGGCUGUUUACGGUCCCGUAGCCAAAGGAACUUCUUCUCUUUUCAUCUCCGACGGCGAUACCCCAUUCACUGAGAGGACGCAAAUUCUAGAUCAAUGGACCGAGAACUUCAUAGGCGUCCUCAACCGGCCCUCCGCCAUCUCCGGCGUCGAUGUCGCCCGUCUGUCUCAAGUGGAAACCAACGCCGACCUCAACCUCCCGUCCUCUGUACACGAAAUCAUGAAGGCCGUGCAGCAGCUCUCCCAUGGGAAACCGUCCGGAUCGGACGCAAUUCUUGCUGAGAUCAACAAGCACGGCAGUCCCCAACUUAUGACUCUUUUAGAUGUGACCUCAAGGAGGAGGGAAAUAAUUUGGUUUUAA